AUGGAUACGGCAGAGAUUUCUGCGACGGACGUGGCCCUGGCCGUCGAUACCGCGUGGGUCCUGCUGGGAGCUGCGAUGGUCUUCUUCAUGCAGGCUGGCUUCGCGAUGCUGGAGGUCGGGUCGGUCAGCAUCAAGAACACCAAGAACAUCCUCAUCAAGAAUAUCGGAGACUCGGCGAUGGGGGCAAUCGGGUGGUGGCUGUUUGGUAACGGACUAGCCUUCGGGCGGGACAGCGGAGGCUUUGUUGGGGUCACCGGCUUCGCCCUUAAGGGCGAAGACCUGUACGGCACGAGCACGGGGGACUUCGAUGCCUUGUCUUACGCGAACUGGCUCUUCCAGUGGACCUUCGCCGCCUCUGCGACGACGAUCGUGUCGGGCGCAAUGGCGGAGCGCGCGACGUUUGGAGCGUACGUCUUGCAUUCCUUCCUGCUGACGUCCUUCAUAUAUCCCAUCGUGGCUCACUGGGCCUGGUCCGACGGCGGCUGGGCCAGCGCCCGACUUGCUGACGACGACGAUCUCCUCUUCGGUUGCGGUGUGACAGACUUCGCCGGCUCCGGCGUCGUACAUAUGACGGGAGGGAUGGCAGCCCUCAUGGGGAUCUUCAUCCUCGGCCCUCGCGCUGGCAGGUUCAACGAGGACGGCACCAGCAACACCAUGCCCCAGCAGUCCGCAGUGCUCCAGACGUUAGGGACGUUCAUGCUCUGGUGGGGGUGGCUCGGAUUCAACGCGGGGUCGGUGUCCUCUUUCGUGGCCACACCGGCCGUGGCUGCCAAGGUGAUGGGGGUCACGGUCAUCGGCGGUGCCUCCGGCGGCAUCACCUCCCUCCUCGUCAACAAGCUGCAGUGCGGGUACUGGGACACCGGGAGCGCCUUGAACGGCAUCCUCACCGGCCUCGUGUCCAUCACCGCCGGCUCGGGGACCUACGAGCCCGAGGGCGCCUUCGUCGUGGGCGUCCUGGGCGGUGUGUUGUACUUCUUCGCGUCCAACUUGCUGCUCAGGAAUCACUUGGACGACGUCGUAAACGCCGCCCCCGUGCACCUCUUCGGAGGCAUGUGGGGCCUCGUUUCGGCGGGUCUUUUCUCGUCCAAGUUCGCCUACGCGAUGGCCUACUCCGAGGACAGGUCGGACACGUGCGCCGGCAUUCUGUACGGCGGCAGCGGCGGCACUCUCGCGGCGAAUAUCGUCUUCUUGAUGGCGGUGUUGGCCUGGGUGGGCUUGCUGACCCUCUUGCUCUUCGUGGUGACGAAGCUGACCAUAGGCAUCCGUGUGAGCAAGCAGCAGGAGCUGGCCGGGAUGGACGACUCCAAGCACGGCGGACAAACGUUCCCCGAACUCCUACCCCGUCGGCGGACCGUGGACAGGCCCGGCUCGUCGUUUGGGGCAGGCGCAAGCGCAAAUAUCUAGAGAGAGAGAUGGCAAGCAAUCCAAGUGGGCCGGGAAAACGGUGAAACCCCGUUGGACUCCUUUCGUCUAUGCUUGUCGGGGCUUCAGACAUCCUACCGGAAACAUUCUGAACGUUUUAACGCGGUAUUGCCCACGCCGCGACGUUUUGUUUUAUCUUAUCUUGUAGUUGUUCUGGCGGCGGAAGGUGUCGCUGUCGCUCUAGCUGUAGAUGCUGUUG